AUGUCUAAAGGUCGAGUUUGUCUUGCCUACUCCGGAGGUCUCGACACAUCUGUAAUCUUAAAAUGGCUGGUCCUCCAAGGAUACACGGUCGUCUGCUACCUUGCCGACGUUGGCCAGGCGGACGCCGUGGAUGCCGCUGCAAUUGAGAAGAAGGCUCUGCUGCUAGGCGCCGAGCGCAUGAUCAUUGCAGAUCUCCAGAAGGUCUUUGUCGAGCAGGUCGUGUUUACAGCCAUUCAGUGCAAUGCUAUCUUCGAAGAUCGCUACCUCCUGGGCACCUCGCUAGCCCGCCCCGUGAUCGCGAGAGGCCAAGUCCAGGUCGCCGAGCAGUACAACUGUCAAUUCCUCUCGCACGGAUGCACUGGCAAGGGCAAUGAUCAAGUGCGCUUCGAACUCGCCUUCAAGGCUCUCAAUCCCUCGAUUCAAGUCAUCGCUCCUUGGCGGCUACCGGAGUUUUGCAACCAGUUCCAUGGCCGACAAGAUCUCCUCAAGUUUGCUACUGAGAACAAUAUCCCUGUCGAGUCGUCACCAAAGGCUCCUUGGUCCAUGGAUGAAAAUCUCGUGCACUGCUCAUACGAAGCCGGUAUCCUUGAAGACCCUGAUCACACACCGCCCAAGGAGCUCUGGAAGAUGACCCUCGAUCCUCUCGACGCCCCUGAUGCUCCCACCGAGUUUAAUAUCCACUUUGACAAGGGUAUUCCAGUCAAGGUUGUUCUUGGUGGCCAGACGACCACCGACUCGGUUGAGCUGUUCAAGCUCCUUAACAAGAUUGGUCACGAUAAUGGAGUGGGACGCAUCGACAUCGUGGAGACGCGACUAGUUGGCAUCAAGUCACGAGGUUGCUACGACACGCCAGGGCUCACAAUUGCCCGCCUAGCGCAUCUUGAUCUAGAGGGCCUUGUCAUGGACGCUCAGGUCAGGGACCUUCGCGACCAAUUUAUCACGCGGGCUUGGUCACGCCAAUUGUACAAUGGAAUGUACUUCAGCCCUGAGCGUGAGUUCGUGGAGAACAGUAUCGUCUUCUCUCAACAUAACGUCACCGGUGAAGUCAGGAUGAUGGCAUACAAAGGCAGCGUCUAUGUGCUCGGCCGCUCAAGCGAUGCUAGCAACCUCUACGACGAACAGGAUGCCUCGAUGGACUCGCUUGAAGGCUUUAGCCCUGCGGACUCUACUGGGUUUAUUGAGAUCAAUGCUCUGCGACUAAAGAAAUACGGCCUUCAGAAGCAAAAAGACGGAAAACCGCUUACUCAGACUUGA